GCGCGGCGGGCGGCGGGCGGCGGGCGCGGGGCUCCGGGCGGCGGGCGUGCUGGUGGGCGCAGGCUCCCCGGGGCCCGCCCCUCCCGGAGCGGGGGCACGGCCGGGCGGCCGGGGAGGGGCCGGCCCCGCCGCGGCAAGAUGAGCCUGCUGUCGGCCAUCGACACGAGCGCCGCGUCCGUGUACCAGCCGGCCCAGCUGCUCAACUGGGUCUACCUGUCGCUGCAGGACACGCACCAGCCCAGCGCCUUCGACGCCUUUCGGCCCGACGGCGCCGCGCCCCCGGAGCUGGCCUUCGGCAAGGGCCGCCCGGAGCAGCUGGGCUCGCCGCUGCAUUCCAGCUAUCUCAACAGCUUCUUCCAGCUGCAGCGCGGAGAGGCGCUGGGCAGCAGCGUGUACAAGAGCACCUCGCCCUACGGCUCCCUCCACAACAUCGCCGACGGCCUCAGCUCCCUCACUGAGCACUUCUCGGACCUGACGCUCACCGCCGAGAGCCGCAAGCCCAGCAAGAGGCCCCCGCCCAACUACCUGUGCCACCUGUGCUUCAGCAAGGGCCACUACAUCAAGGACUGCCCGCAGGCGCGGCCCAAGGGCGAGGGGCUGACCCCCUACCAGGGCAAGAAGCGCUGCUUUGGCGAGUACAAGUGCCCCAAGUGCAAGAGGAAGUGGAUGAGUGGCAACUCCUGGGCCAACAUGGGGCAGGAGUGUAUCAAGUGCCACAUCAACGUGUACCCCCACAAGCAGAGACCCCUGGAGAAGCCCGAUGGCCUGGACGUCUCGGACCAGAGCAAGGAGCACCCACAGCAUCUCUGUGAGAAGUGCAAAGUCCUGGGCUACUACUGCCGCCGCGUCCAGUGACCGCCGCCGCCCUCCACAGGGGCACAGGCACACUGCCCGUGCCGUCGGGGGACACUUCAUUUCUGGGUCAUGUGGGCUGACAAGCAGUGUUAUGGACACAAAUGCCCCCAUAAGCCAGACCCCAGCCACACUUCCCUGGUGGACCUGGGCCGGGCUCGGGGUGGGGUGAGCAAGCUUCAGUGCUCAGGGCCCCGCAGAGCCCUUGUCGGGGGCUGCAGGCCCCCUGCAGUGUCCCCUCCCUGGGACCCUCUUGGGGUCAGCAGCGUUGUAUUGGCUACAAAGUGCACUAAAUUUACUGUGAAUCCCAAAGCCUGUCCCCAAGGGACUGUCCCCUGAGACUA